GCUAUCCCGUCCACAGCGCCCGCCCCCUCCUCCUCCCCUCUGUCUCCUGCUGACGACCGGUGGAAGGCUCGCACUCCCCUCUGCCUUCACCCCGAAAACCCCGCAGAACCGCAGCCCAGAGCCCCGAAACCGUCGGACGACAUGGCGUCAGGUGUCACAGUCAACGAUGAGGUCAUCAAGGUCUUCAAUGACAUGAAGGUACGGAAGUCGUCCACCUCCGAUGAGGUGAAAAAGAGGAAGAAGGCUGUGCUUUUCUGCCUCAGUGAAGACAAGAAGAAGAUUAUUGUAGAAGAGGGGAAGCAGAUCUUGGUUGGGGACAUCGGAGAGACCGUGGAUGACCCCUAUGCCUGCUUUGUUAAGCUCCUCCCCCUCAACGACUGCAGAUACGGCCUGUAUGACGCCACAUAUGAAACCAAGGAGUCCAAGAAAGAAGACCUUGUGUUUAUAUUUUGGGCACCAGAGGGCGCUCCCUUGAAAAGCAAGAUGAUAUAUGCUAGCUCUAAAGAUGCCAUAAAAAAGAAGUUCACAGGAAUCAAACACGAGUGGCAGGUGAAUGGACUUGAUGACAUUCAGGACCGCACGACUCUGGCCGACAAGCUAGGAGGCAACGUGGUGGUAUCACUGGAGGGCAAACCGCUGUGAGCAGAACCAACCAAACCAAUGUGCCAUCUGGACCCGGACCCACCCAGCACCACUCUGACCCCACCGUUUGCUCUGUAUGGCUGACCCUGAAGGAGUAGCAUCCUCAGGCUCUGUUUUCUCUGUUUUUCUUUUGUUUGUUUUUCCAAGAUGAAGGAGUUCUCAUUAACACUAUAUGCAAAUCGCUACCAGUUUUUGCCACAUGACUUGUUAACCUGGUAGAAAGCAACACCAAAACUCAGAACCAGCUCCUCUUCCCAGGAAGGUUGUCUGUGUUUUGCCAAAAGUCCACAUGAAGGAACGAGGCCGCAUGUCGCUGAGCUGAACGCCCAGAAAGGCAGUUCACAGCAGCAAGGCUUUUGCACUCAUGAGAUUUUUCACAAGAUUUUAUUUAUUUGAACAUGUUGUAUCUUAUCCAGUUUGUCAUGCAGAUGGAGGCAAAACCCACAUUGUUAGACUAUGCAUUGAUGACAAUGAUGAUUAUUACCCAGCACCUUUUGUUUAUACACUACAAGCUCAGACAGAAAGAUGGAGCAGAGUUCUAUUUAUGUCACGUAGAUAGCUGUUACUUCAUUCCUGUGUGUGCAUAUGAACAACACACGUGUUAUUCUGUCUGUUUGGUUACCGCCUUAAUUUGAUUUUGAAUGUAAAAUCACGACAGCGCGCCACCAAAACUCUUAAGGGAUGGGUGGUGCUUGCAGUUAACUUUGAAAAGAACACUAGAAGGAAUCAGUUACAGAGAUGGAUGGCACUGUCCUCUACAAAUCUUGUGCUUUUGGAGCCUUAAGUGGAACAUUGUUAUGAGAUCAGAAAUGCCACUUUGCAAUAAAACUCGGUGGCAGAAGUA